AAUACAUUAUUUGUCAUGUCUAACUCUUUAUCCUGAUCGUUUGGGGCGCCAAGUCUUCGUUUAGAUGGAGCAAAUUAUUAAUCUUCUUCGCGACGGGGCGUAUUGCCUACCCCGUAAUUGUCUCAAUACACAUGUUCUUGUGGACUGCCCCCUGCUGUAGCGCUUUCACAACUGUGUGGCCCAAGGGCUGUGGAAACGGAGAUCUGCACCGCCCUAUAUACCAAAAGGUGUGCGAGGGAUUUCAAGUACAUUUGUACAUAAAACUAAGUGUCUCAAAAAUCAAGUAGAUUGCAAACGUUCUCAACGUGCAUGCAGAUUAUAUGGCCUGUAUUGGAGCGACUUGUGACAAAAACAUCGGAGGAGAAAACAGCAUCCUAUAUUCUACAGCACAAUACUGUGUUUUGAUAACCUUACAGGUGAAUUUUUCUAUCAAGAAAAACAUCCUCACACACAGCUUCGUUUCCAUGCUACCCAGUAGUGUCCACAGACCUGCAAUGUGUGCUGAGGCCCCCACAGCCAGCUAGUUCCUUUGACAAAAAACAUGUAUUCUCCCUAUAUUUGGCCAUUUCUCCUUCAUUUUCAUCCCGCAGAAUGCAUCGGUCUGUGUUUUUUUUCCAUUUCCUUCCAUACGUAUUUCAUUCCAUUUCGUAUUAUCUGUACACAAUUAACUUUCUCUAAUCUGUGGAAAACCAGGAAGUUCGUUGGAUAUUUGAACUGUUAAAAAAACUAGGACAAACAAAUAAGAGUUAAUUGGUUUCCUUUGCCAGUAAUAAGGACUUUCCAGUAUUGCUAAGGAACAGCGGAUUGUUAGGAAGUUAUAGCACUUAUCAUAUCCACAGCGGAGUUCAGUGUACACAAUUGAUUAUUACCUAUCAAGCCAUUAGGGGUAAAUCUCUUCACCUUAGCCUAGCAACCGGUGGCAUUUGUUUGAUGUCGACAACAAGAUGUGACCUUUAAUUGUACUAUUUUCGAUACAGAUACUUCAGUGCGAGCCAUCCAAUGGUUGAAAUUGGGAUGAUGACAGUCAGUUUUGAGACGGUUGUUCAAUGAUUUCAUGUGUAACUGAUGUCAUAACAGGUGACGUUUCUACGAACUCUAGAAAUACUGGGACAAGGGACAUCUCUUGCAGAGGAAGUGUCUAUUAAAGAGCCGUAUUCAACAGCGUACAUCAACGGACAAGACUGUUACAAGGCUCAAAAUCUACGUGGCUGACCUAAAAUGGAAAUAACCACAGGAAAUAUCGCUCUCUAUGUCAUUCUGGGCGUCCUGAGUGCAGUGACCGUCAUUGGAAACGUCAUUUCAAUAUUUUGCUUCUCCAAGAACUUGGACAUCAGUGGUUCCGGCGAUAUCUUCAUGCUGAACUUGGCCGUGGCAGAUUUGUUAGUGGGGUUGUUGUCUAUGCCAUUGGCGAUAGCAGAGGAGGUGCUUGGUCCUUUUCCUUUGGGACUGGAUGUUUGUAGGGCUUGGUUAUUGGUGGACUACACCGUGUGUUCGGCGUCUGCCUUCUCCAUCGUUCUCAUCAGUCACGACCGGUACCUGCAGAUUGUCAAGCCGCACGAACAUCGCGUCCUCACCGCUCGGAAGAGACUCGCUUUCCUGGUCUCCUCGUGGAUUCUCGCUUUCCUCGUCUACGGACCCGCAAUUAUCGUCUGGGACGUGGAUCCCGGCAAUUGCGAAGCUCGCUACCAAUACGAAAGUAAGGAAUACACCUUUGUGAUGGCUGUUGUUGAGUUUUUCGUGCCGUUUUCCGUGAUGACUUUUCUGUACGUGCAAGUGUACCGGCACGCUAUCGCCUGGCGUCGGCGGCGCACUCUCCGGCAAGUGUCGUCGGAGGUGCCGACGUCGCGGGCACGUAUCCGGACACAGGUCGUACGUACGUUUAACCGACGUCUUACCAUCAAUUUAUCCGUUUUGCUUUUAGCGUUUCUUGUAUGCUGGGUUCCUUACAUAGCUUCAACAAUUGCAAUGACAGUCUGUUCGUCUUGUGACGACUCCGAAGUGCCUGUAGCGUUAGACUGGCUCCUAUGGAGUAACUCUACCAUCAAUCCGUUUCUCUACGCGUUCUGUUCGCUCCGGCAAUGGAGCAUCUCCGAUCUGUUUCCGAAGUGUUGCCGACGAAAGGACGACGCUUCACGAGUGCAAGCCGAGCGGCCUGCCCAAUCAUCCGGAAACGUGCGAAGGAUGACGUUGUGAGUCUUGUGACUAUCAUUACAGUGACACUAUAGCACUUGUAGUUUAUAAUUGUGUCGUAUGUGACUCGUCAAAAAGGUUCUGAAAAUUGGAUUUUUCUAUCCUUUUUGACCAAAAUCUCAAGCAGAUGUAGGGUACGGCUCUGUCUUUCAUGCGCAUUUUAUGGCGUUUUCUAUCAUUUCUAGUGGCCCAACUUUUUAUAGCUCUUUCUAGUGUGAAGAGGCAAAUGUGGCCACUAGAAUGGCCCACGUAAAACGCAGAGCCAGACCUUACAUCUGCUUGGAGAAUACUUUUGAUCCAUACCACUGAGUGAACAUGAUUUAUGUGAGCAGUAGUCAGCACACGGGGACGGCAGUCUGAAUGUAUCCUGCAGGCGCCAGGACUUGUCAAACUCACCGAAGCAAACUGCGCCUCUGGGUACAUAGUCCUCUACAUGACGGCAACAUAAUUACACAAUUAAGAUAACACGGUGGAACUAGAGUAGAAGAACGGGACAGAAUUAUCGUUUUAUUUACACAAGACAAACCGCACACCACCACUGGUACAACCAUUCCGGUACAGUAGUCUGAAAUCAAAACACAGGGACUAUAUGCUUCUGCUGUACGUUUCUUUCCACACGUAUUCCAUCUGCUGAUCAUGAUUCAUUGAAUCCUACAUUGGAAUACAUGCACUACGCUUCGUACGUGCAGGUACAGUAGAAAGCGGUGACGUUUCGUUUGAUCGGCAGAUCAGCAUGAAUUAUGGUAAUGUUUUACGCAAUGGUAGACCUUGGCAACUCUAUGACGUCUAACCUCUAUGCGACCUUGUACAGAUUGCAGGUUAUUGAAUUGAAUAGUUAAUACACACCAGUUUUCAUUGGCGUCGCAUGUACAUUUUCAAAACUCUCAGAAUAUCUUGUUGUAUACUUAAUAUAUUUACAUUUUCUGUUGUUCAAUAAUUUUGUGUGGACGAUAUGAAAUGCGGCUGUCUGCUUUUGUUACAUAAAUUGACAGAUUAAAAAAAGAAACCAAGACAGAAAUAAUGUGUUUUUAUAUAAAUAGACACACCAUAUUUGUUUCGAGAUGUUGUUAGUCUAGAUCUGGUGUUUCUUCAUUAUUUUGCUGUGCUCUAUUGUGUCUAACGUUAUUUGAAAUGAGGCCAGAAUAAAAUCUCUUGGCUAUGUGAGGGAUUGCGACAUUUCGUUUAUUUUGGUCUCCGUGUCUUGCACGCCAGUGUUACGUCUUAGUUUUGGCACUAGACCAGCCCCUGUCCAAACCAAGUCUCAAUGACGCCAAUCCUCGACAUUCCUCCCUAUAAUUGGUGUAGACAUGUCCAUUCUGGCGGGAAACCGACCCUACCUGACCUCAGCCUUCACAAAUGUAACCAAUCACAGAGAGGCAUGUCGGUCCCGCCCUACUCUUGCCCACGAAUUACAUCAUACCCUUUUGUAUUGAGGCUAUUGUAAAGGUUUUGA